GAAAAGUUCUUGAGAAGGAAACCGAGUAGUUCAGAUUAAAAUAUAAAACUGGAAAUAGUUAGAAAGUCGUGGUCUCUUCCCCUUAAGACUUUAAAAGCUCUUUCUCCCAUUACAAACCAAAACCAUUAGAAAAAAACAACAACAACACAAAAAAACAAGAAACUAUGGCCGUGAAGAAGAAACUAUCCUGGAGAUCACUAAUGGUUUUAUGUUUCUUGGAUCCAGACAACAUAUGUUCAUCAAAAAAGGUAAAGAAAAAUGACGGUGAUGGUGUAAUAACAAAACAGAAAUCAUUUCUCGGGUUGUCGAUUUUAGACAUAAGCGAUCCAAGUUCCUCAACCUUGUCUGAAGAUCUUUCAAUCUCUCUGGCCGGUUCGGAUCUCCACGUUUUCACACAGGCAGAGCUCAAAGUCAUAACACAAAGCUUCUCUUCAAGCAACUUCCUCGGCGAAGGAGGGUUCGGUCCGGUUCAUAAAGGGUUCAUCGACGACAAGUUACGUCCUGGUCUUAAAGCUCAGCCUGUCGCCGUUAAACUUCUCGAUCUAGAUGGCCUUCAAGGUCACCGUGAAUGGCUGACGGAGGUUAUAUUUUUAGGGAAGUUAAAGCACCCAAAUUUGGUGAAGCUGAUUGGGUAUUGCUGCGAGGAAGAACAUAGACUUCUUGUCUAUGAGUUCAUGCCUCGUGGGAGUUUAGAGUCUCAACUAUUCAGAAGGUGUUCUAUAUCGCUGCCAUGGCUAACGAGGAUGAAGAUCGCUCACGGAGCUGCAAAGGGUUUGCAGUUUCUCCACGAAGCAGAAAAGCCCGUCAUCUACCGCGAUUUCAAGGCCUCCAAUAUCUUGUUAGAUUCUGAUUAUACAGCAAAGCUCUCUGAUUUCGGGCUAGCAAAAGACGGACCAGAAGGUGACGAAACGCACGUGUCAACACGCGUGAUGGGCACGCAAGGGUACGCCGCUCCAGAGUAUAUAAUGACAGGCCAUCUAACGGCAAAGAGUGACGUGUACAGCUUUGGGGUUGUGUUACUUGAGCUGUUGACAGGUCGGAGGUCGGUAGACAAAAAGAGAUCGUCAAGGGAACAAAACCUCGUUGAUUGGGCUCGUCCAAUGCUCAACGACCCACGAAAACUCGGGAGAAUAAUGGACCCGAGGCUCGAAGAUCAGUACUCAGCGACGGGUGCAAGAAAGGCAGCGGCUUUGGCUUACCAAUGCCUAAGCUACCGACCAAACAGAAGGCCAUGCAUCAGCGCCGUUGUUUCAGUUCUCCAGGACAUUAAAGAUUACGGCGAUGAUAUUCCUAUUGGGACGUUUACUUACACGGUCUCUUCCUCGCCUGCCAAGCCAAGCCUUGAAGUUAAAGAGUCAAGUGUUCAAAAUUCGGACAAGCCUCGCAAUGUUCAUAAGAGUGAUCAACAUCAUAAUAAGUACCGGUCUCCGGUCCAUACGGCACGAAACCACCGGUUAACUUUGAGAAACGGGUUAAAUUCACCAAUGCGUAAUGAGGCCGGAGGGGAACGGUACUGAGUUUCUCUUUUUCUUUUACAUUUGUAGUUUGUCUUUUCAAAACAUAAGAUGUAGAUAAUGUCUUUCGUCCAUCAAAAAUCUAAAACAAAAUUCUAGAAUAGGUUUUGUUUAAAAGGGUCUUUUCGUGGGGUUAAGUUGAUUAUUUUUAAGCCAAGUUACAAAAAAAAAAAAGUUGAUUA